AUGGCGGUUGCAUUCGUUGCGCUUGUUUCACUCGCAUUAGCACUCGUACGCGUUGAGGCCAGCAUUGGGCCCCGCGGAACGCUGAACAUCGCGAACAAAGUCAUCCAACCAGAUGGAUUUUCUCGCUCAACCGUGCUCGCCGGUGGCUCCUACCCGGGCCCAUUGAUCAAGGGCAAGACCGGCGACAGGUUCCAAAUUAAUGUCGUGAACAAGCUCGCCGACACGUCGAUGCCGGUCGACACCAGUAUCCACUGGCACGGUCUCUUCGUCAAGGGACACAAUUGGGCAGAUGGCCCUGCCAUGGUUACGCAAUGUCCAAUCGUUCCGGGCCACUCGUUUUUGUACGACUUCGAAGUCCCUGAUCAAGCUGGAACAUUUUGGUAUCACUCCCAUCUUGGGACACAAUACUGUGAUGGACUGCGGGGGCCAUUGGUCGUCUACUCGAAGAAUGACCCCCACAAGCGUUUGUACGAUGUCGACGAUGAAUCCACCGUGCUGACCGUUGGUGACUGGUACCAUGCCCCCUCAUUGUCGCUCACUGGAGUCCCCCAUCCCGACUCGACACUGUUCAAUGGCCUUGGCCGUUCUCUCAACGGUCCAGCCUCGCCGCUGUACGUCAUGAACGUGGUCAAAGGCAAGCGCUAUCGUAUUCGGCUCAUCAACACUUCCUGCGACUCCAACUAUCAAUUCUCUAUCGACGGACAUACCUUCACUGUUAUCGAAGCUGAUGGAGAGAAUACUCAGCCUCUGCAGGUCGAUCAAGUGCAAAUUUUUGCAGGCCAACGUUAUUCGCUUGUCCUCAACGCGAAUCAGGCAGUCGGCAACUACUGGAUUCGCGCAAACCCCAACAGCGGCGACCCCGGCUUCGAAAACCAGAUGAACUCUGCCAUCCUCCGCUACAAAGGCGCACGCAGCAUCGACCCCACAACGCCCGAGCAGAACGCUACCAACCCCCUCCGCGAAUACAACCUUCGCCCCCUCAUCAAGAAGCCUGCGCCAGGCAAACCAUUCCCCGGCGGCGCCGAUCACAACAUAAACCUAAACUUCGCUUUCGAUCCUGCCACCGCGCUGUUCACCGCGAACAACCAUACGUUUGUGCCCCCUACCGUUCCAGUGUUGUUGCAGAUCUUGUCGGGCACACGCGAUGCGCAUGAUCUGGCCCCUGCUGGGUCGAUCUAUGACAUUAAGCUGGGAGACGUCGUUGAGAUCACUAUGCCUGCCCUCGUAUUUGCUGGACCGCAUACCUUCGCCGUAGUUCGGAGUGCCGGCAGCAGCACGUACAACUACGAAAACCCCGUCCGUAGGGAUGUCGUAUCCAUCGGUGAUGACCCAACGGACAACGUCACCAUCCGAUUUGUAGCAGACAAUGCAGGUCCAUGGUUCCUCCAUUGCCACAUCGACUGGCAUCUUGACCUUGGCUUCGCUGUCGUCUUUGCCGAAGGAGUAAAUCAGACUGCAGCGGCCAACCCCGUACCUGAAGCCUGGAACAAUCUUUGCCCAAUAUACAACAGCUCGAACCCAUCGAAACUCCUAAUGGGCACCAAUGCCAUCGGCCGUCUGCCUGCGCCAUUGAAAGCAUGA